GACCAAAGUCCAAUAAUUUGUUGUUGGACUCUGUCCUGUAUGAGUUCUGGCCACACUUGUACAAUGUGGAAGGUUCAGUUUACCGUCUACAAACAAAUUUGAGCCAACAACAUCAUUGGUAGACGGGACCUCGUUGUUGUUUCGGUGCUGAGACGUUCGUAUGGGAGUCAAUCUUACAAGUUACACGCGGGCAAGGAACUGUUGAACCACAGGAUUUUGUUUGAGGAACUUCCUUCAUUUCCCCAUGAAGUCACUGAAGACUUUCGAAAUGUGGACAGUGCUUGGGUUGUUGGUUCUGGCCGUACAUGUUAAAGAUUCUCGUGCCCAGAAUACCACAAGCCAAAUGACGUCAACCCGGACGGUAACCAAUGGCAGCAGUCCUCCAGCUCCCGUCUCCAUGACGACACAGAUGAUGAACACGACACAGCCAGUUUCUACCCCCGACCUUACGAAUGGCACGACUAGAGGCACAAUCAUCUCAACUUCGACGAACACGACAGAACAGCCUAUAGCAAGCACGGGUGCAACGCCGUCAAACACUACAAGUCCAGUUUUUGCUGUCGUCACAAACGUUACCAGCAGUAAUGCUAACACAACAGCGACAAUAAUACACGUCACGACAACCAGAAUGGUCGGUACAACGACUAAUUCCUCAACGUCAGAGAGACCAUCAUCUACGGUUGCCAUGACACCUGGGAAUUCCACGGUUGCCAUGACACCCGGGAAUUCCACAGUUGCCAUGACACCCGGGAAUGCCACAGUUGCCAUGACACCCGGGAAUUCCACUGUUGCCAUGACACCCGGGAAUUCCACAGUUGCCACGACACCUGAGAGCCUCACGGUUGCCUUGACAUCCGAGAAUUCUUCCGUUGCCAUGGCACCUGGGAGUUCCACGGUUGCCAUGGCACCCGGGAGUUCUCCGUUGCCAUGACACCCGGGAGUUCGGCCGCGUCCAUAUCUUCGACCACCACAGAGGAACCCAGCAGUUCAUCUGUGACACCGACGUCACAGCCCCUGAACACACCAACCACUGCUGGUGGCCUGCAGUCAUCUUCACCACAAGUACAGAUAACUACAAUGUCAAGCUCUCAGCCUACAGCAGCAACAAGAACGCCCGAGGUGCAAAGCAGCGCUGCUGUAGCAUCUACUCCAGCAGAACAGACUUCUACAUCGAUACCGGUGGCAAGUUCACCUAAUGCAGCAGGCAGUGGAAAGCCCAAGCCGCCUGGAGGCCUUUCGACAGGAGCAAUGGUCGGCAUCGGCGUUGCAGGCGGGUGCGCUCUCCUGCUUUUCAUCUGUCUGCCUAUCGUCUUGUGGAGAAGAAAACAACGACAGGAAAACAUGGCAUCACAUGUAGCCUCCUCUCCCGACCUGUGGAUGGAUAACGUCACGUACGGGCGCCCGUCCACCGGCCUCGGUCCCUCCGUCCGGCUCAGCAGGAUCGAGUUUGAUGGGAGCAACUUCAUGAUUCCAGGGAUGGAGACAGGAUCAGCCGGUGCAAACCAGUCCACGAAUGGUGAACAUGGUUCAAUGACCGAAAGGUCAACAUUCCGCCCCAGCCGCGCUGCAUUUUCCACCACAGACGAGACCAAACGGCCGUCGACGGUGAUCGAAGAAGAACAGAAUGAAUGAUAGUGUAUUUAAGUUUAUUUUUAGUUGAAAAUAUGCAUAUGUAAUUAUUUAUAUAACUGCUACUGUAUUGUCCAGAAAGCAACGGUCUUUGGUAUUCUACUCAAACACCAUAAUAUAAUCAAAGGUUUUGCUCCUGAGACGUCGCCAAAAAGUCUGGGGCGAGGAUGCCAGUGACUUUUAACGCGUCCAUUCUCAGUCUGGGAUGAGAUAAGGUUUUUGUGUGUGGAAACAAAAAGAAAUAUCCACCACUUAAAGUAAAGUCGUAUAGUCAGCUGUCAAAAAACAUCUUUGGAUGGUUGAACAAAAGACACUCUUGGAGUCUUGUACAUAUUUUACCACAGUUCUUAUGUAGAAAUGUACAUAGUCAAAUGC